AUGACGUUCCUUGAUGAUACACUUAUAAUAUUAAUUUCACAGACGAUUUUUUUCGUUGGCGGGUGGAUAUUUUUUGUGAAACAGCUCUUCCGCGACUAUGAAGUUCAUCAUAGAUUGGUGCAGCUAAUAUUCUCUGCAACAUUUGCUUUAAGUUGUACGAUGUUUGAGCUAAUAAUAUUUGAAAUUAUUGGAUACUUAGAUUCUAGUUCUAGAUACUUUCAUUGGAACUUGGGUCUAUAUUCCUUGCUGUUUAUGGUGAUUGCUUUAAUACCUUUCUACAUUGCCUAUUUCUGCAUUAGUAAUAUUAGAUUUGUAUCCAGAAACAUGAUCAGGCCCCUGACAAUCUUUGUAUGGUUCAUUUAUUUGUAUUUCUUUUGGAAGAUUGGGGAUCCGUUUCCAAUAUUAAGUCCAAAACAAGGAAUAUUAUCUAUAGAACAAGGUGUGUCUCGUAUAGGGGUUAUAGGAGUGACGGUAAUGGCUUUGUUGUCCGGCUUUGGUGCUGUCAACUAUCCUUAUACAUCAAUGGCUAUAUUUAUUAGACCUGUCACACAAGCAGAUGUUCUAUCUAUAGAAAAGAAAUUACUCCAAACCAUGGAUAUGAUACUGGUCAAGAAAAAACGUAUAGCGUUAGCCGAAGCUAACACAAUGGGGAGAAAUCAAUACAUGUUGGAUCAAUCUGGAGUGAAAAAUAGAGGGUUUUGGACAAAUAUUCUGUCUAGUGUUGGAAAUAUAGCGAAUCCUCUGAGCCAGGGUACUGAGAAUAUAAACCAAUUAAGACAAGAGAUAUCAGGUUUAGAAGAACUGAGUAGGCAAUUGUUCCUCGAAGCCCAUGACGUGAGAACUAUGAGGGAGAAGAUAGAGUGGUCGAGAACAUUCCAAGGGAAAUAUUUCAAUUUUCUUGGAUAUUUCUUCUCAUUAUAUUGCAUUUGGAAGAUAUUUAUUUCUACAAUAAACAUAGUGUUCGAUAGAGUGGGAAAGAAGGAUCCUGUGACCCGCGGCCUUGAACUGGUGGUACAUUGGCUCGGACUGAACAUUGAUGUGUCUUUCUGGUCCCAACACGUGUCAUUCAUAUUAGUGGGAUGUAUUGUACUUACCAGUAUUAGAGGAUUGCUUUUGACAUUAACUAAAUUUUUCUACAAAAUCUCAUCAUCAAAAUCUUCAAACAUAAUAGUGAUGAUACUCGCUCAAAUAAUGGGAAUGUAUUUCUGUUCGUCUGUACUUCUAAUGAGGAUGAACAUGCCUCCAGAGUACAGAAUAAUAAUAACACAAGUGUUGGGCGAUUUACAAUUCAAUUUCUAUCACAGAUGGUUUGACGUCAUAUUCCUAGUUAGCGCUUUAACCAGUAUUUUUACUCUGUAUCUAGCCCAUAAACAACCGUCUGUCAAU